AUGGGACGAGAAGCUAUAUUUAUGAAUGAAUAUCAAAUAAUUGAACUUCUUAUUGCUUAUUGGCCAUUAGUUUAUUUAGAAAUUUAUCGUCUUUUACCAUUAUCAUCAAUGUUAUUUAAUACACGUCCUCAACAACAAGAUGAUGAAAUUGAUUCAAUUGCAAAAAUUUUAGAAAAAAAAUUACCAGAUGGUUCAACAUUAGUUGAUUAUAUUGUAAUGGGUUUAGUUAAUAAACAUAAAACUUUAUCACGUCUUAAGAUUGUUGAUUUUCAUCGAUGUUCAUCAAGUAUUCAAAUGACAAAAGAAAUUUUUCGUUUACCAUUAUUAUGGAUGACACCUGAACGACGUUCUUCAAUACAAAAACGAAUAUAUAUUGAAAAAAGUAAAUUAGACAAAUAUAUCGAUGGAUUCAAUUAUGUUUAUCAAUAUUAUGAUAAAUCGAUUGCACAUGAUACAAAUUUUGAACCUAUCAAAAUUAUUCAUGAUUGUCAAAUUAUAAAUGAAGAUACACUUGUUGGUCUUGAAAUUCAGCAAUUAACACCAUUUCGAUUUCAUUAUCAUAAAUUAUGGAUAAAUAAUUGUUUUCGACAAAUUCUAUCACCUAAUAUAUCAUAUGAUAUCAAUUUGGUUUUAAGUUUAACAAAUGCUGAUAAUAUUACACAUCUUCAUUUAAGUGAUCCAAAUAUGGAAACAACAGAAAAUGAAUUAACAUUAUUGGUUCGAAGUUUAUCAAAUUUACGUAAUUUACGUGUACUUUGUUUACAACGUGUUCUCAAUUUAUAUCCUAAUCGUUAUACAACACCAAAUAUUUUGAUGAAUUUAUGUACAGAUUUUAAUCGUCUACUUCGUCGUUUAAUUUAUUUACGAAAACUUGAUCUAUCUUAUACAUAUUUACAAUCUUAUAUUCGUAUAUUAUUUAGUGGUCUUAUUCAACCACUUGAAUAUCUUAAUUUACAGGAUUGUCGUUUAGUAUCAAGUGAUUUAGAAUUUUUAUUAUCAAUGCGUAAUUUACGUUAUUUAAAUGAAUUAAAUUUAAGUAUGAAUAAUUUUGGUACUCGUACAUGUGCAAAUUUAAUAUUACAAUUUAUACCACGUUGUACACAAUUAACAAUAUUAUCAAUUGGUUAUUGUUCAUUACAAGCAUCAAUAAUUGGACAAUUAGCUGAUGAAUUUAUAAAAGAAAAAAAUCAAACAAAAAUAUCAUAUUUAUCAUUUAAAUCUAUAAUACCUUAUUAUAGUUAUGAAUUUGAUUUUUUAUUACAAAAAUUUGGACUAAUAAAAACAUUAAAAAAAGUUUUAUUAUUUCCACAAUUACAUACAUAUCCAGGUGCAAAUGAUGAUGAAAGAGAAUUAGUUGCAAGAGAACUUUAUCGAAGAUGUUGUCAAACUUUACAAACAUUAAAUAGACAAGAUUUAGAAAUAUUGUAA